AGAGACAGAGAGCGAUCGAAGAGAAAGAAAGACGACAGCAACAAGAGGAGAGAAAGAUAAUGUUUGAGAGAGAUCAAGAAGAAGAAAAUAUAUGGAAACAGAAGCAAAUUGACAUGGAGAAGGAGGGAAGAGAGGGGGAGAACAAGAGACAGAGAGAGAUAGAAGAGAUACACAGACGACAACAACAAGAGGAGAGACCGAAACAAAUGGAGAAGGAGAAAGAAAGGGAGAAAGACAAUGACAAUCAGAGAGAGAUGGAAUUAAAAGAUCAGCAACAGAAAGAGAUGGAGAAAGAAAAGAUGAUUAUGAGAGAAAGGGAGGAAGCAGGAAGAAGAAAGGAGGGGCAGAAAAAUAUUUUGGGGGAAAUUGAGGGACAGAAUGAACUGGAGAUAGAACAGGAGAGAGAGAUGGAAGAAAAGCAGGAAGUGAUUAAGGAAGCAGAGGAAGAGUACAGGGAAAGAGAAGAGAGAGGAAAGGAAGUAAGCAUGAAGAAACAUGUAGUAGUUAAUGUUAAAGCAAAAGCACGGGAAGUCUUCAAUAGGCGUAAAGAGAGGAGGUUAGAAGUGUUGAAGGGGGAACGAGAACACAUAGAAAGAGGACAACAAAUCAGGAGGGAGAAGGAGGAAAGACGGCUGGAGAUGGAAAGAAAACAGGAGAGGGCAAGACAACAAGAGGAGCAGGAUAAAAAACAAGAGAUUGAAAUUGCUAGACAGAAAGAAAUGUUGAGACUAAGAGAGGAGGAGAGGCAGAGAGAGGAAGAGAGAGAGGAGCAGAGAAAGAGAGCCAUUGAAGGCCAUUUAGCUUUAAUCAGAGAGAGAGAGAAGAUUUUAGAGGUAAAGAAAAAAGAGAAGAUGGGGGGGCCAGACAGCCAGCAGCUAGAAGCUCCAGAAGAGGCUGAAACAUCAGAGCCAACCUCCAAGAACAAGAAAAAGCCAAGCAUCUGGAAGAGAAUUAAGAUGAGGUAAAGAAUGUUUAAACAUCUAUUCAUGUUUUACAC